UUGAAUUUUGAAAUGUCAAAAAGGUUGCGCGAUGUCCUAAGGAUAUAUUUGGAAAAUUUCAGUUUAAACAUUCAUAAAUUACCUAGCUUUUUUUAAUAUAAUAAAUUAAUGUUCUUAAUUUUUCCAUGUCAUAAAAUAUUCAAUGUGUUAGUGAAUAUAAACAGUGCAGUGAUUGCAUAAUAUGCCCGGCUAACCCUCGUAAAUAUGAAUUGCCCUUCUAUAAAUGUAUUUUGGAACACAUAUCUAAAAUUAGAUCUGAGGUUUAGAUACAGUUUGAUUAGUCAUUGGUGUCGAGUACAAAAACUUGAAUAUCGUGGUGUUUUUGGACAUGCACCAGCCUGCAAUCGGCUGAUCAGCACAUCCUCUCGCGUCUGCCAGGGUCAGAAAGAUGUCACAGUUGCUUUGUCGCCUCAAGAAGUCACCACUACACUGCGCAAGAAUGAGUUCAAUUUGGAGUUUACAGAGGGUUCAGUCAAGUCAUAUGAUUCCAAUCAGUUGGCUUCUAAUAGCCCCAUUGAGGAUACCAGGAGUGAAGCAAAAUGCAAGAUGACAACAGGUUUGCUAAUGGGUGUGUAUGAUGGGCAUGGUGGUCCGGCUUGUGCUCAAGUGAUAUCCAAGAGGAUGUUAUACUACAUUGCGGCUGCCCUCCUUCCCAUCCAGCAUCUAAAAGAAUAUGCCAGGAAGCAAACAAGACCUAGUUUGCUUGAAACAUAUAAUGAUAAUGCUGAAAUUGUAGGAGAUUUGAAAGUAAUUUAUGAAAAUAGUUUUAAUAAAUAUAUAGCUGAACUAGUAGAAAAAGCGCAAGAGCCAGAUGUUCCCAUUAGUUUAGAGAAGGCUAUUCUAAAAUUAGAUGAUGAUUUGUCUAAAGAAGUUUUAGAACCUUUUAAAGAAAAAGGUGACAUAAAUACUAAAACAUUAUCAGUGGCUCUGUCCGGCGCUGUUGCCUGCGUGUCGCAUAUAGAUGGACCUCACUUGCAUGUUGCAAAUAUAGGAGAUUGUAAUGCUGUGCUUGGAGUGAUGACUGAAGACAAUGAAUGGAUUGCGAAAAAAAUAACAAAAGAACACAAUUCCGAAAACUAUGACGAAUUGAGAAGAAUUUGGAAUGAACACCCGGUUGAGGAGCGAAAAACAGUGAUCAGGAGAGACCGACUGCUUGGGGAGUUGGCCCCACUACGCAGCAUCGGGGAUUACAGGUACAAGUGGCCGGAGAAAACUUUGGCUGAUGUUGCAGUGCCAUUUCUUGGUCCAAAGGCAAUCCCGCAAAACUAUCACACUCCCCCCUACCUCACAGCAAAGCCGGAUAUAUUAUAUCAUCGACUGACUCCUAAAGAUAAGUUUUUAAUCAUUGCCUCAGAUGGUAUUUGGGAUAUGUUGACUCCACUUCAAGCAGUGAAGCUUGUUGGUGAACAUAUGAAGGGUAAAGUUCACUUUAAUCCAUUGAAACUGCCAAAGAAAGAUAUUCAACUUGGAGAUAUUAAUGAGCUACUUCUUCAUAGGAAAGAGAGUUUAAAGAGUAAGCCUAAGGAUAGGAAUGCAGCCACACACUUGAUCCGUCAUGCGAUCGGAGGCACGGAGUACGGCGUGGACCACGCGCGGCUGUCACAGCUGCUGAGCCUCGCGCCCGACGUCAGCCGCAUGUUCAGGGAUGACAUGACUGUAACCAUCGCUUACUUCGAUGAGGAGUUCCUGAGACAGUGCCCUGCUUGAACAAUAGUGUCAUGAAUAAGUAAUAGCAGUGCCUUCUUAAAAAAAUCAAUUAAUGUCUCUAUCCACUAAAUUAUUGUAAUGUGUGGCAUUUCAAUGUUUGUAUACCAUUUUACCCUUAAUUAGUAUUGUAUGUAAACUAACGGGUUUGAAGAUUUCACUAUGUGGCACCGUUUCUCUCCGCCAUCAUGCCGAAAAUUAAAAAAAAAAUGUGUACAGGAAAAAUGCUCUGGGAAAAGAUCUCCGAACGUUUCCUAUAUAUAGCAAAUAUAGUUGUAUUGAUGGUGGCACGUAACCAGAGUUGGGAUUAUUCGAAUAAAUAAUAAUUCACAGAAUAAUUACGUUACAUACUUAUAACUAUUUGUGCGAAUAUUUAAAUAUAAUAUUUUCGGAAAACAUUAUUUGAAGGCAGAGUAGUCAUGAAACAAUUAUGAAUACUUGUAAAGAAAUAAUAACGUAUCUUACGGUGUAUGUGUACUGGGCCGCUCGUGAUCUGCCUGAGCAGAUCAUGUUGUGCUGCGGGCAUUUUGUGUUAUGGCCAAUUAUUUUGCCGUGCUAGUCACUUGGCACAUUGGCGUGUGUGUAUACUAUACAUGUAUAUGUGCGAGAAAAAUAGCGGCGUCAUAAGUCUGUAUGGUGACCAAAAUAUAAAUUAGUCACAGAAUAUAAUUAAUUUUAAUUAAAAUAUUUUUUUAUUAAAUAAUAUUUUUACGUAGGCAGUACCUAUCAGAUGUUUUUUGAAUUAAAAUUAAUAUUAUUUUCAUUAUAAUUAAUUGUGUAAAUAAAAUAAUCAAUUAACUACUAAAUAAACAAAAAAUAAAGUUUUUAAAUUACCUAUCAUUGAUGUUAUUUUAGUUAUUCAUUAAAAUAAAUUUAAUUAUUAAUAAAGUUAUUGUAAUUAUUAUUUAACACUAUAUAGGUAUAGGUUUACUAUUAUGUAAUUUAAUAUUAUUAUUAUAAUUUUAAUUAAAAGACAAUGUGCUAAUACUUUGGUCACUUUACAGAAUCGAUUUGCCCAAAAAUGUCCGUGCAUAUCGUCAAACGUUAUGCUUUAAACGAUAUGGCGGGUAUUAGACUGGCAAAUCACGAAAUGAUGUCACAUCAUGAUCUGCCUAGGCAGAUCUAUCUACACUUGCUUUUCCGUCAUUAGAAUAUUUUUUAAUAAAUGAAAUUUCGUUUAUUAUUUAUUAUUCGCGAGUAACGAGUAAAACUUUAUUCGUUAUUGGUCACUCCAAUAAAUUUUGCCCAACUCUGUUUGCAACAUGUGGUUACCUUUAGAUUGUAUAUUACUUAUUUAUUUCAUUAAUGUUUUUAUCACACGAGGGGGUUACUCAUGCGUAUAGAAGCCGUCUUGUUCAGCUAUGUUGUCUAUUAAAAAAACUUCGAAAUCGUAUAUAAACAUAAUAAAUAUACGCGUAAAUUUUAUAUCUUUUUCUUUUCGUGGUGGCUGAGAGAACCGUGCCAAUAUCUUCAAAUCGCUGCAGUAAAAAGAACUACAUAAAUUACAAAACAUUGAACAAUAUAAAUUACUAGUAUUUAUUGAAAUAAUGAUGUGAUAGUAAAUAUAAUUGUACAAAGCACAAUGGGUUUUUAAUAUUAUAGGUUCAGAUUGUAGGUAUAUUUUAUGAUGUCUGAUCUGCCUAAUUUGAUGGUCACAUCCACCUUGACCAUAUCUGAGUUUCAUGCCCAUUAAUUAAUAGGGUGUGUGUGUUCCUAUAGAAAUGGCUUUAACUGUACCUACUCGAAAACUAGGUUUAUGAAUAAAAAAACGUUCAAUAAAACUCAAAUAUAAUUUCAA